UACCUCGGAGUAACUGCACAUUUAAUCAGUGACACGUGGGAACUGAAGUCUUUUGCGCUGACUAUAUUAAAAACUGAGGAGCGUCAUUUUGCGGAGGCUUGUAAAGAACAGUUCCUGUCUGUUGCACGUGAGUGGGACAUCGAGGGCAAGACUACAACCAUUGGGACUGACAGUGCACGCAACAUGGUUGCCGCAAUUCGACUUACACGCUAUGAACACAUGAACUGUGUCGCUCACAUGGUGCAGAGAAGUGUCACAGUGAGUCUUGCUGACAGCGGCUUUGUAAAUGCUUUGGCCAAGGCUCGCAAAGUUGUCGGUCAUUUUAAGCACAGCCCAGCAAAUGCUGCGGAGCUUCAAGCACAACAAGUCAGCCUGGGAAAGAAGCAAGAGCCAUUGAUCCAGGAUGUUCCAACACGUUGGAAUUCGACGCUGGAAAUGGUCAAGCGCGUGAGCAGAAAUAAAGAGGCUGUCAUCGCAGCCCUGGACAAUCAGGAGCACAAACUCGUUUUGCCGACCGCAGCAGAGUGGGAUAAACUGCAGAGGCUGGAGACACUUCUAGAGCCAUGCAGGUAUGUAACUGAGCUCCUGGGUGGAGAGGCCUAUGUCUCCUGUUCUGUGGUACUACCUUCUCUCUGCCACUUGCGUCUCAAGAUGGAAGCCUGUGAUGAGGACCCUGCAUAUGUGGUGAGAUUCAAGACCAAGUUCAAGGAGGACCUAGCAUCCCGUCAAGAACAGCUCAACAAUGCAUGGCUCCAGAUUGCUACAGUUUUGGAUCCUCGUUUCAAAGACUUGAAAUGCCUGCCCAAGACAGACAGGGAAGAGGUGUGGACCACACUUGAAGGGAUGCUGCAACAAGAAUCACCCAGAAGGUCUUCACAGACACAUGAUGAUGGGCCACCCAGGAAGAAAAUCAGCCUUCUGCAAAUGGGCUCAGAUUCAGAAUCAGAAGAUGAAGAGGUCCAACCUGCCAUACAGAGGUACAGAGCAGAGCCCACCAUUAAAUUGGAGGACUGCCCCUUGAGGUGGUGGGCAUCUCAUUCAGGAGCCCAUGAGAAGCUGGCCUCACUAGCUCACAAAUAUCUAGCCACUCCUGCAACCACUGUUCCCUGUGAACGACUUUUCUCAGUUGCAGGUCACAUUGUGAACAAGAAAAGGUCAGCUUUACUUUCAGAAAAUGUGAACAAGUUAGUUUGCCUCAGCAACUGGCUGAAAGAUGAUGAAGCUCAGUAGAUUUGAAA